CCGAACAAGACAAAGCUGGGGGGUGGGGCUUGUAAGAAGGGGUCGAAGCUCAAGCACCUAUAGGAACCAUCCGCGGAGGCCGAUUCCCCCCCGGAUCCCCUGGCGGGGAGCGCACCAGAGCUGAGAGGAGGCGGGGGCGCAGACGCAAACCUGAGUCGAAAGAGUGUUUCUAGCCGGCUGUGGCUUUAAGGGUGACUCCGGGCGUGCGGUCCCUUUAAGGAGGGGUCGGGGGCGUGUCAGGAAAUGAGUCCUGGGCCCGCCUCGCGGGGGAGAACGGCCUCUGCUGUCCGGAGGCUCCGGGACGGAACGGCAGCCAGCGCUCUGGCUGCUCGAAAGGGCUGCGCGCCGCGGGCUUGAGCAGGCCCGGCCUCCUCCCGCUCCUCCGGCGUCCUUUGGACCCCCGCCCCGAGCACCUCUGAGCUUCCCUGCACCCCUCUUUCCACCCCCCUCGCAUGCCUUCCCUCCGUUCAGCUUCCUGCAUGCCUCCCCUUUCUCCCUGCAAACCCUUUCGCCCAUGUCUCCCUGUCUCUGCAUUUCUUUCCCACGCGGUCCUCUGCCCUUCUCCAGCACCUUCGCCCUGCCUUCCUCCGCUUCCCCCUUCUCUUUCCUUUCUUCUCCCCUCCCUUCUUCCUGAGACCCAUCCCCAUCAGGCCCGAGCCUCCUCUCUCUCUUGAGAGGACCUUAGCCUGUCCCUCACCCCUUCCCUGUGUCUUGUCUCAUGAGCCCCCGCAGAGUGAGAGCAGAUUGUGGGGCUCCCCCCACAGCAGAACCUCUGGGAGAGGCCUCUGGGCCAUUCCCGCAUGUGACAGUUGACGGCCACUGCUUGCAGAAAGCAGACAGGAGCUGACUGCCCUGGACUCGAGUUCUGGCUGUAGGGUGACCCACUUCUCUGCCACCAUGAACAGGGCCCCCUUGAAGCGGUCCAGGAUCCUGCACAUGGCACUGAUGGGGGCUUCCGACCCCUCCGGAGAGGCAGAGGCUGGCAAGGAGAAGCCCUUCCUGCUUCGGGCCUUGCAGAUCACGCUGGUGGUGUCUCUCUACUGGGUCACUUCCAUCUCCAUGGUGUUCCUUAACAAGUACCUGCUGGACAGCCCCUCCCUACAGCUGGACACCCCCAUCUUCGUCACCUUCUACCAGUGCCUGGUGACCACGCUGCUGUGCAAGAGCCUCAGCAUGCUGGCCGCCUGCUGCCCUGGUGCCAUGGACUUUCCUGCCCUGCGCCUGGACCUCAGGGUGGCCCGCAGCGUCCUGCCCCUGUCCGUGGUCUUCAUCGGCAUGAUCACCUUCAAUAAUCUCUGCCUCAAGUACGUCGGCGUGGCCUUCUACAACGUGGGCCGCUCGCUCACCACUGUCUUCAAUGUGCUGCUGUCCUACUUGCUGCUCAAGCAAACCACCUCCUUCUACGCCUUGCUCACCUGUGGCAUCAUCAUCGGUGGCUUCUGGCUUGGCGUGGACCAGGAGGGGGCAGAGGGUACUCUGUCUUGGACGGGCACCCUCUUUGGCGUGCUAGCCAGCCUCUGCGUCUCACUCAAUGCCAUCUACACCAAGAAGGUGCUCCCGGCUGUGGACGGCAGCAUCUGGCGUCUGACCUUCUAUAACAACGUCAAUGCCUGCGUCCUCUUCCUGCCCCUGCUCCUGCUGCUGGGAGAGCUUCAGACCCUCCGUGACUUCUCCCAGCUGGGCAGCACCCACUUCUGGGGCAUGAUGACGCUAGGCGGCCUGUUCGGCUUUGCCAUCGGCUAUGUGACAGGACUGCAGAUCAAGUUCACCAGCCCCCUGACCCAUAACGUGUCCGGCACGGCCAAAGCCUGUGCCCAGACGGUGCUAGCCGUGCUCUACUAUGAGGAGACCAAGAGCUUCCUCUGGUGGACAAGCAACAUGAUGGUGCUGGGGGGCUCCUCUGCCUACACGUGGGUCCGGGGCUGGGAGAUGAAGAAGAUUCAGGAAGAACCCAGCCCCAAAGAGGACGAAAGGAGCAGCAUGGGGGUGUGAGCCCCUGCAGGGACCUGGGGACAGCGCAGUCAGGGAGAAUGCCCGGGGCAGCUCUCUGUACCCUGAGUUUACAAACCUGCUCACCAUCUGGUGGUUGAAAUGGAGCCAGUGUUUUCAAGUGAUGUCAGAAAGUUGCCAAGCCUAUCUCGACCCCCUUUCCCAUUUCUGGGUUUUGCCCUCCCCGAGGGAAGAAGGACCCCAUGGGAACAGCCAGUUAGUUUCUCUGGAAGAGCACUAGCUUUUGGGGAGUAGGAGAAGGGCAGCACCCCAUCCUGUCCCCCUUCCAGGGCCUUCUACCUCCACCUGACCUUUGGGGUUGGGAAUGGGCCACAACUUUAAGGGACAGUAGUAAGUCUUCACUGACACUCAGAGGAGAUGGGGGUAUGACCCCACCACAGGCCAACUGAAGGGGUUUGGAAAACCGCACAUCUCUGGGUCCCAGGCCAGGCAGCAAAGCUUUGACCCCGCAAAUCAGCCUUCCUCUGCAGGAAAGUGUGUCCUGGGUUGGGCUGAAGGACGAAACAGACAAGCAUUCCCUCUUCUCUUCCAAGACCACCAGGCCCCAUGGGAGGGCACGAAGGAUGAUUUGCACCUGAGCUUGGCUCUGGAAUCCCCAGGGACUGCUAGGACUUGGCCUCGGUGUGGCGCACAUGGUGGGAAAGUGCCCUUUUCCCACCAUCUGCACCCUGUGCUCCCAGCUUUUGAACAUGGGGGCUGCCACACAGCUUUUACCGGUUAAGCAGGGUCAUCAACACCGUCCCCCGGUCCCUGGGUCCCUGAUGCAGAGCGGCUCAUUCCUCCCCUCCUGAGGAGCAGCUGGCCUUCUGGAUUCCCAGCACCCGACUCAGGUCAGACCUCCCGGAAGUGAAGCCAGGUCACCCUCCUAACUCUGGCUUCCCAGGGCUUCAUCCCCAAGGGGGCUGGUGGAACCAGGGUCCUGGCUCAGAGCCUCCCCGCUCAGUGGUGCUGUGCCUUCCCCAGAGCCUGAUUCCUGCCCAGGGGUUGUCACCGGACUCUGAUGAAGGUGAUAAACUAACAAUUACAAUUAUGUUUCUUCCCUGAGUUUAGGGCUGAAUGAACCUUCCCCUCACCUUACCAAUACCCCACCCCCACCUCCACCCGAGGGCUCAGGAUGGCCAUCACAACCUUCUCUCUUCUGCUAUGGAUUCUGUCCCACCCAUCUCCUUGGGGGUAAUUCCUCCUUUGUUUUCCCCAUAAGGAAAGGUUGGGUAGAGUGGGUCUUCUGAUCCUCAGUGGUUUCUAAUGAAGUUAGACGGGCUGGAUACCCUGAACUGUGUGUGAGGUCAUUAAAAAUGGGAAUAAGACAUGGUAGGGGAAAUCCUGACAGCUGCCUGACUUAGCUUUGAUUGCUGAAGUACCCACUUCAGAGAUUGCCAACCACAUGGCUGGACAAACAGCCAGGCUGCCUGCCCCUCUGAGGUUCCUUCUUCAUCCUAAAGAUCUUGAUUGAUUUCAGUAACCAAUCAUUUGGGCGACUUGUUUUUUUUUCUCUUCCCACACUUUAAAUGUCCACGCCUGUGUUUUGAAUUCACCAGGAAAGAGUGAGCCUGCAAAACGCUCCAGCCCAAUAACAGCAGAUCCCUUUUGUCCUGUGUGUGCUCUCAUUCUCCCUCCCUCCCUCUCUGGUCUCCUCCCACCACUCCCCACAUCACUGUGUGGCCCCAGGUGCGCUGUGUAAUUUCCAGAUCCUGUAAUUUAAUAAACCUUUAUUUUUUCAAAGUU